GACGCAUGCGCACGCCGCGUUGUCUGGCAGUGGUAAACAGACGUCAGAAGGGAGUCUUCGCCUCGAGUCAAAACAAAACAAAACAAAACAAGAAAGAUCUACGAGGAAUAGCCGUUUGCCCGUCUCCAUUAACAGCAGAAGAGAAGCGACUUCGCGGUAACUUCAGCGGACCGCCAAGUUGUCGGAGAGAAGCGGGUUUCUUCGACUUUUACCGGAGGGAUAUUAACUCAUAAAAACUGGAGUUGGCUAACUAGGUGGCCAUCUAGUUCACUCUCUCGGUAGUAAAACUACGCUUUCGAGUUUUGCCCCGGAGAGGCCGAUCGGCCGGCGAACGAGUUCGAGGAGCGGACGGGCGGCGGAUUUUUUGCCGUUUUCGGAGAACGCGUCGAACGUAGCGGGACACGGGGAGCCUUCCACGGAACGGAUUCGUUCGGCGCGAGCAUCGUGUGUAGCUGCGUCUCGAGGAACAUGGCAGAUGGUGACACGCGCCAGCACACAGCGUGGAGGACCGUGCAAACUUGAGCGACAAUAACACGGAUUUUAAUUGUAUGGUAAAACCACCCGUUGCGAUCGAGCACUCCCGUAAUACGUCGUCUUGUUUAUUUUUAUUUCAUUUUUUUUAAAUGUUACACUUUGAUCGUUAUGAAUUAAGUUUUACCCACGGCUUGUUUUGGCGAUCUAACAAUCGCGCUUGAGUUGGCAUGCGCUUCAUUCGUUUUUAAACCUUGCGCUUCGGUUUUUUUAACUUCAUAAUGGAUCCCGAUUGAUUAAAUAACGUGACUUUGUUGACUUUGACAGGCAGCUCCGACAAGUAAUUCCCAUUCACUUGAAUUCGUUUACAAGGACAGUAUUCUUACAGCACAGAAACACGCUCAGUUUACAAGAAGGCUAGUGUACGACUUGAUGCGCUCCUAUUAAAUUGGUUUAUCGCUUUUGGUAGAGUUUGCGCGUAUUUUUUUUUGCCUACAGUCUAAUUGCGAAAGCCAAUCAGCCAUUCGCUGCUAUAAUAGGAACCAGAGGGAGGUGGUUAUUUUAGCAAUUACAGCGCGUGUUAUGAUUGGUUUCGCGAUUUCACCUACUUAACUGCCUCAAUUAGAUUUUUUUUCUCUGUAAAAGAGCGUUUAAUUAUCCACGAAAAGUUCACAGGACAUCCCUUGACACUCCAGCGCGUCCUCGUUUCCCGUGCUUUCUCUCAGUAGUUGCUCGUGACAGUCCAGCUGUUUUGAUGCGCAUUGGAUUUCCUUUGUUCUUUCUCCAUUAAACAAAGAGACCCCCCUUCCAUCCUCGUUUGCUCUAUGUAAAUCAGAAGGUUUAUGUUAGUUACUAUUAAGGAGAUUAUUUGGCCCCUUUAAUCUCCAAUCUGAGGAUUAACUGACGCUAUAUUGGUGUGUUCAGAUUAUUACGAAUGUGCUCCGUUACGCUCCAGACAGUCUCGGUUAAAUUUAGUCUUGAUAAUUUAUACUGUAGCGUAAUAUAUUAAGGAAUAAGACGACUCUAAAACAGAUUGUUUUACUUUUGUUAUAAAUAGUCGUGCUCUUACUUUUCAUCGUCCGUUCUAUUGAGUCGUGUUUCAAACGAUUUCGCGUCAAAACUAGUUCUUUGAAGUCCAACCUUUCUCUGAAAUUAUCUGGAUUGCAUCGCACAAUGGAGGAAGAAAACGUACCCCCGAUUGACCCAGAUUUUGAGCCGCAGAGCAGACCGAGGUCAUGUACAUGGCCGCUGCCUAGACCCGACAUCUCAGCUGUCAAAGCCGGGGGGGCCGACGGCUCGGAGUCUGCUGCCGGAACCCCGCCCACCGAGGAAGAUAAACACGAGCCCCAGCCAAUCGUAUCCGAGCCCGAGAAAGUCUCGGUCUUGGAGGGCGGGGUUAUCGCGGGAGUGGGCGGGGCCACGCCUCGGAAAGGCUCUUCCAGGCGUAAUGCCUGGGGUAAUCAGUCCUACGCAGAUCUGAUCAGCCAGGCGAUUGAAAACUCGCCAGAAAAACGACUUACUCUGGCGCAGAUCUACGAUUGGAUGGUAAAAACGGUGCCGUAUUUUAAGGACAAAGGAGACAGUAACAGUUCUGCUGGGUGGAAGAACUCCAUUCGCCACAAUUUAUCCCUCCACAACAAGUUCCUGCGCGUGCACAAUGAGUCAACUGGAAAGAGCUCUUGGUGGAUGCUCAACCCAGAGGGGGGCAAAACUGGCAAAGCCCCUCGCCGCCGUGCUGCAUCAAUGGACAACAGCAGCAAAUUGCUUAAGCAAAGCCGCAUACGAGCAAAGCAAACUAAAAAGCAGGCCGGAGCGGCUGGGAUCGGAGGCUCUGGAGGUGCCCUCCAGGGUGAGGGUGCCUCCGGCACUGGCGGUGCAGACAGUCCCGGGCCUCCAGGUCAGUUCGGAAAGUGGGGAGUGAACAGCAGCAGCCCUUCCUCUCGUGGCAGCCUGGACGACCAGGAUAUGUGGACAAGUUUCAGGCCACGUACAAGCUCCAAUGCCAGCACGCUGAGUGGGAGGCUUUCUCCCAUUGCCACGGGGCAGGAAGACGAGGAUGACCUACCAGAGGACGGCAUUCUUGGUGGAUAUUCCGCAGGAAAUCUUCCCCCAACACUAACUGAGACGCUAAUGGAAGAGCUGGAUUUGAUUGACGGGCUCACUUUAAUGACUGGGCCGCAAGGUGGUGCGAGCCCAAGCACUGCUCCUCCUGCCCCGCCUCAGCCUUUGCCCUCAGCAUCCACCCUGCUCCCUCGAGGGUCCAGCUUUCCUUCAUUUCGGCAGCUGCAGCCAACGAAGGCUACACAGGGAUCCACUCCGCCAGGGCCGCAGAGCUCUGUCCAACCCAGCCCCGGAUCCAGCACAAGCCCAUCGAGCUUCGGAAACUCGCUCUUCAGCCCUCUGCCCGGUCCGGGUCGCGGUGGUUUUAGCACUCACGUGCCCUCCAGCCUCGAAGCGCUCCUGACCUCCGAUUCGCCUCCGCCCAGCGAUGUUAUGAUGACCCAGAUGGAUCCUCUCAUGCCGAGCCAAGGAGGCGGGGGACUUUUGGGGCUCGGGGGAUCUAGCAGCCAAGCUAAGGCAGGUCAGAUGUUACUGAGCAAAGGCAUUGACACAAGAGCAGUGGGGCAGAUGAGCCUCCAGCCUCAACCCCAACUCCAGCACUCACAGAUGGGCUUUGGAAUGAUGCACUCGGCCAUGAGCCAGGAACCGCCUCAGCUCGCAACUAUAAAGACCCAGCAUCAGGUUCCAGGCGCUGGGCUUCUGCAGCACGGAGCUGUCCCGGCACCUGGUGGGAACGGAGGCCUGCAAGGCCUAGGCCAGUUUGCUACACCUCCCUGCUUCAUGCCCUCCCAGGACCGUCUGCCCACAGACUUGGAUAUCGACAUGUUCACCGAAAACCUGGACUGUGAUGUGGAAUAUAUUAUCAACAGUGAUCUUAUGGACGGAGACCUGGUUGACUUCAACUUUGACCCCAUCAUACAGAGUGGACAGGGCUAUACUGGGCCAGCAACCACACAGAGCUCCUCCCACAACUGGGUGCCCAGUUAACUCCAUUAUUAAAGAUGAGAACAGGAUCGUCCCCCAUCCAUAAGACGACUCUGAAAACAGAUGUGGCACAUUGCCUGAACAUAUUCUCAAAUUUUUGCCUCUGCAUUUGCCAUUGUACCUCAAAUACAUAAACUGCUUCGGGCUAAGGACAACACACACUUGGCCAGAAGUCUCGUGUCAGAAUUCUCAAUUAGACUACGAAAUCAAACCUCAUACUUGUCAAGUGCCAAUGUCAACUGAAGAGUGUGCUGUUGGACACAAAGAACAUGGUCUUGAAACAUACAUUUUCUCUUUUCUUUUCUUAUAUGUGCAACGUUUUGUUUUUAUUUUUUGGAAGUUGCAGUUUUUGGCCAAUCUUGGACUAAAGAAGCACACCUGAUAAACAGCUAAUCGUGUUUAUUACAUUUAUGCCUACGUUGCUUAGUGCAAGAUGGAGAUGGUACUCCUCCUUGAUCUUCUUCAACCUGAUAGUGGAACUCAUUCGGCCAGGAAGAUCAAACUCUGCAGCUUUUCUUGAUGCGAACUUUUCUUUGUUGAACGGCAAUGGAGAUCGGCGGAGUGACUUCCACAGCUGACCUGACGUUGCUAUUGCUCUCGGCCCUCUCUGAGCACGAAAAACAACACGGCGCCACAAGAAUGUUAAGUUGAGAACAGCGUUGAGUGAAGAUGGUAUCGCUGACCGCAGAGCACGGCUGAACUGUUAAGGUGUGCUCGCUCUUUCUCUCAGCGGUAGGAAGCAUCGAAGUUUCAAGGUGGUUUGGUGACGCUGUGGUGUUCAAUGUGCAAUUAGUUUGGCUUUUUAUGACCUCUGCUCUCACGAAGGUGUUUUCUUGUGAUGCGCUGAAGAGGCUGAUAACUGAAUGAUGAAUUAACUGUCUGCUCUUAAGUGUUUGUUAGUGAUAACAACAGUAUGAAGAAAUGUGAUUUUCCACAGGGCAUUUUGAUGCAUUUUUAAUCCUGCCAACAGGUUAAAUGGUAUAGUGUUAUUGUCAGAAACUCUGUGCCCUUUUGCAGAAUGCAAUAUCUGAAGAUUUUUUUUGUGUGUGUGUGUGUGUGUGUGUGUGUGUGCAGGAGGGUGUGUGUGUGUACGUUUGUGUGGGUACAAAUAUGUUUAAUGCUCCCGAAACUUGAUUCCAACACACUGACAACAUAAUUCAAGGUUACGCUGAAUCAUUUCAAUUAAGUGCAGAAGAAAGUUGGGGUUUUUUUUUCGGAGUUGCAUGUGAGUUUGAAGCGAAUCUUGAAGAAACAUGGCUACAGUAAUGAGAUGUUAUGGUUCCUCUGGCAUGUUUGACUGUGUCCACAGACGCACAGAAGAAAAACUAUUUUCUCAUUGUUCAGUUUUUCAUAAACAGCACUACUCCUAUUUUAUAAAAAAUUUUUUAUUAAAGAACAAAAACAGUUGGAUAUAUCAACUAUAAUUCUAAUUUGGGGCGUUGUCGUUAACAGACUAAUAAGAAAACUUGCUGUUAAUGAGCUUUUUUUAUCUGAGCUGAGGCUAUUUCAGAUCAUUUUUAACGGUCAUUUUCUAUGUAAUCUUUUAUUUUUGUAAAAGAUGUAAUGCAUAUAGAUUUUAUACAAUAACCAAAGGAACACUAAGAACUGCAUGUUGGAUGGACGGAUGCAUUGCAGUGCAGAUAAGCUUUACAAAACUUUUCUGAAAAAUCAAUGUAAACUAAAUCCUAAUUCGAUUGACCGCAUGAGUACAUCACAGAGAAUACAGUUCAUCAAAAGUUUCAUUUGCUAUAACUGUUUGUGCUAAAUAGAAAAAAAUAUAUAUAAAUCUUGAUUUGCUAGGUUGCUUGAUUUCAUCUCAAAACACAAGACUGGUCCAACAGAAAAAAUGAUUAAUGCAAUGUUUCACACUCAGGGUUAUGACAAAUAGUAAUUAAAACAACUUCUGGAAGGAAGUAAUAAGAUAAUCAUGUUAUGACUUCGAUGCUCAUGGCCUUUUCUAAAUUAUGAACGUCAUUUAUGCAAGCCAAUGUCACGUAGAUAUUUUAACAUUGCAGAAAUAUAUCUAAUGUUGCAGUUUAUUAAGAGAGAUUUAUCUAAUGUAUGCAUUUGUAGAGUUCCUACAAAACUUUGUAAACUGCCAAUGAACACUAUAGCAUGUCGCUCCAGAGAAAACCAUACAGUUUUAAAGCCCUUUUCGACUUUCACCUCUUCUUUAAUAGAAGACUUUUAUUUAAUUAUUCGUUCAGAUGGUUUGUGCGCAGUUUAAAACCAGCAUUCUUUUUGGUGUAUAAAUUGGCUUUGAUUUGAAAGCUUGAUAUUAGUAACUCUUUUAUCACGUCGACGUAGCGGUCUGAGCACAUUAGAUGACGUAAAGUGCUCUCUCCUUACAGAGAAAUAAUUUUAAUCCUAUUCAUCGGUGCUAGAUAUUAAAUACGACAAUUAAAGAGGGCCAUAUUUGAUUGGUGCAUAUGUAGAUAUCAGGGCCUUUAAUAAUUUUAUGCAACGCAUAUUGAGUACAAUUUCUUAAUGUAGAACAUAGUAUGAGAAAUUUACCUGUAUGUUUUAAUUUCCCAAACUCUCAGUUUUUGUAUAUUAUAAAAAAAAAAAGCUGUGAAUGGGGAGGGAGGGGCCUGGCCAUCUCACCACAUAUUGUCGCACCUCACUAAUGGUGUAAUGUUUGAUACAGUGAUUGAUGCUUUUCAAUCAACCGUUUACAUCGAUGUGCUUGUCUUUUGGGGCAUCUUUUCUCAUGUUUUUUUUAUGUUUGUACAUGUAACGCGGAUCCUUGAUGUCUAAGAGUGAUUGUUAUACCUGCGUGGUACAUGCUUCAGGGCUGACGGUCACUUUUGACAUUUUCCUGUGUCAUCCGAGUGUCGAUUUGGAAGUGAAUUUUUUCGUGGUUAACACCCUGGCUUUGUUUAAUUUCUGAACGUACAGAUAUUGUAUUCGUCCCAUCAGACAGACGUCACAGGGCUUCUGCAUGAAAUGCAGGAUUUCCACACCUUCCCUCUUUCCAAAUCACCCUCGCUUUUUCUUGUUUGAUAUUAACCUUCCUUUAGUAGUCGUUCUUUAGUUCCUUUUAUUUUCCAAGAGAGUUUGCUAAGUAUCCCAGUUGAUAACACAGAGCAUUAGUUUAUGGUCUGGGUUGUUUUUUUUUUUUUUUGUUCUUUUGUUUUGGGUUAUAUGACGGGAUGUAAAACUGACGAGUUGUGCAUAGCCAAUAUACUGUAUAUGUACUUGAUUGCUUUUUUUUUCUUUUUUUUUGAUUAAUUAAUUUUGUUCCCCCAUAUUUUGUUAGUCGGAGGUCAUUGAAAGCAGUUCAGCAUAAUAGAAAUAAACCUAAUCUGUUUAACGCAGACUUUCGUUAAGUUGA